AUUUGCAAAUUGACCCCAAUCUGAAAUUGCAAGCAGGGCCCUUCAAUUUUACAACACUAGAACCCCUGCACAAACCCUAAUCCCCCCUUCUCUGCGGCACCGCACUGCAGCAACAGCAGCACCCGGACGCUGCUUACGCGGCAACGGGCGGUGGUGACGGGCGCGGCAAUUGUGUUAGUGUGAUUAUGAUUUGGGGAAUGGGUAAAAGAAUAAAUUAGGGUUUGUAACACUUUCUUUAUUCUUGAAUUGAUGAGUUGAAAAGUACGUCUGGGUAAUUUCAACUUUAAAAUCGUAAUCAGUAAAAAAAAGGACUAGAAUUUAUUCUUCUUUUACGGAGUAGCGUUACCUAAAAGCAAAUAGAACCGCCAACAGAGCUUGGAGUCCAUCAUAAAACAUCCAUUUCUACGCUCUAUCUUUGCUAAUCUUCACCUGUCAACACACAGGCAGAUCGGAUAAUAAUUCAGUUAAGCCAGAAAAAUGGAGGGGACAGUCUUCACUCAGGCUCUGGAAGGAAUGAAGCAUGUCAAGUCAGAAGAGGGGGUGAUGCUCACCAAACCUUUCCUUAAUGUUUGCAAGCAAAUUUUACCUGUUAUAGACAAGUUUGGACCUGCAAUGGCACUUGCCAAAUCUGAUAAUGGUGGUAAUAUAAUCAGGUUAGAAAACAAGUAUUUGUCCAACCCUACACAAUAUAACCACUUGUACAGCAUGGUACAAGAAGAGGCUAAGACAGCUAAAGGUUCAUCCAGUUGUGCUGAUGGUCUUUUGUGGUUGACGAGGGCAAUGGAUUUCUUGGUGGGAUUGUUUCGGAAUCUAUUGGAGCAUCAGGAUUGGUCCAUGUCCCAAGCUUGCAGUGAUUCUUAUGGCAAGACGCUGAAAAAAUGGCAUGGUUGGCUGGCCAGAUCAAGCUUUACGGUUGCCAUGAAACUUGCCCCUGAUAGGAAGAAGUUUAUGGAUGUCAUAGGUGGCAGAGGCGAUGUUAAUAGUGAUAUGAAAAAAUUUUGCACCACUUUCUCACCAUUUCUCGAGGAGAACCACAAGUUUUUGCAGGCUAGCGUUGGAAUGGAUGUUAUUAAAGCAUCUUAAACGGUGGUUUUAUAAUGCUUUCAGCAGUAGUUCUUGGAGUUCAUCAAUACUAAUAUCCGUGCCAUGCUUUAAGGUUUUCUAUUUAAGGAAUAAUGGAAACAUGUAAUAAUGCACUGCAUACUAGUUUUUCGAUAUGGGAAUCUACAGUCUAUAAAGUUUUCUAUUUAAGGAGCUAAGCUAUGAAUUUGGGAAAUUUAGUUUAAAUUGUGAGUUUUUUAAUUUAA